AUGGUCGGGGAUCAUAUGAAAUUCACAAUCCCAUGUCAGUCCUUCCUCGAUACAUCCUUCUUCCAAGAGUUGGCGAGACUCAAAUUAGAGGUUUUGAAACUGGAUUCAUCCCGUAAAGAGCUUACAAGUCGAAUUGACAUCAAACAUAUCCCCAAAGGGUCCUCGUGUGCGCAUUUAUUCCUGAGUAAUGAAAGUUUUGGCGAUGAACCGCAGAGUGGAACAGGUCUUCCCGUAAAGGGAUCUCUGUACAACUACAACACCAUUGAGGAUUUCAAGAAGGUAGAUAAGGCCAGUCUCCUAAACCAACGCGCUCAAGAAGCUUGGAAGGAAAGCCAGGAUGAUCCCAAUAAUUGCGUGCGAUUUUUCGUGAUUAGCUUUGCUGAUCUCAAGUCUUACAAAUUUUUCCAUUGGGUUUGUGUCCCCUGUUUUCAAUUGGAGUCUCUCAACCUGAAAGUGACGGCCAGUGGUACUUUAACAGACUUUGAUAAGUACGAUUCUUGGUUUGAUACAUAUCCCGAAUGCUGGUCAUGUCUAGAGGACAGCGAUGGCGGUCUUCGAAACUUCUCAAAAGACGAGGUAACCGACUGUGCAACUCUAAUAGUCCGAGACACCAGCACAAUAAAGAUGGUCCCAUCUGCCCUGGUAAAAAACUUCGUCUCUCUGUUUAAACUCUUCGUGCCCAAGCUGGACAGUAUACGAUUAAUUUUGGUGAGAUCGGAUGCUAGCAGCAGUUUCUGGAUGGAAGUCAAGCUGUGUACUGACCGAGAGAUAAGUGCAUCAGCUUUGAAAGUCAGUGGCUGGGAAAGGAACUCACAGAACAAGCUUACACCAAGAGCAACAGAUCUCAGCACCCUGUUGGAUCCCUUGCAAGUCGCAGAUCAAUCGCUAGACCUCAAUCUAAAAUUAAUGAAGUGGCGUAUCGCUCCUGAACUUGAUUUGGAUGUUAUAAAGAAUACCAGCGUGCUGCUGCUAGGGGCCGGAACUCUAGGAUGCUACGUUGGGCGCGCUCUGCUGGCUUGGGGUGUCCGAGAGAUAACUUUUGUCGAUAAUGGCCGCGUCUCUUAUUCAAAUCCAGUCCGGCAGCCUUUGUUCGUCUUCGACAGCUGUGGAAAACCUAAAGCAGCGACAGCUGCCGAGUCUUUGCGUAAAAUUUUCCCCUUAGUCAAGACGCGAGGUGUUGACCUUCAAGUUCCUAUGAUUGGACACCCAGUUAUGAAUGAAACCAAAGAACAGCGUGAUUUCGAGACUCUGCAUGAACUAGUGCGGAGCCACGAUGUUAUAUUCCUUUUGAUGGAUUCUCGCGAAACGAGGUGGCUGCCCACUGUGUUGGGUUGUGCCGAAAACAAAAUAGUGAUAAAUGCUGCUCUUGGGUUUGACAGCUACGUGGUCAUGAGACAUGGAGCCUACUCUGAGCAGGAGGAAAAUCGUCAUGGCUGUUAUUUCUGUCAGGACGUCGUUGCGCCCAGUGACAGUCUUGCAGACCGGACUCUGGAUCAAAUGUGUACGGUUACCAGGCCAGGAGUAGCACUGAUGGCUGCAUCGCAGAGUGUGGAACUGCUGGUGUCCCUCUUACAGCAUCAAGAUCGAAACACCAAUGAGGUGUCAACCAAGACUAUACUAGGUGAUCUUCCACACCAAGUUCGUGGUUUUUUGAGUGAGUUCAAGACAUUACAAUUGAGAAGCCCAGCUUUUAAGCAGUGUUCUGCUUGUAGUUCUUCGGUUGUUGAGGCCUUCAGGGCUCAUGGUUGGGAUUUCGUUGCUGCUGCUUUAAACAACUAUAAGUACGUGGAGGAUUUGUCGGGACUCACAAACGUGCAAGCAAAAGCUGAAGAUGCUCUCAAGGAUAUUUUUGAGGAUUGGGAUGAGGAACUGGACGAAGAUCUCCUAGUUUAA